AUGACGGACUCUUAUGAUGAUAUCCUCAAUUCUCUCGAGGAUAACAAUUACUACUCGAUAGAAGGAAGCGACCUCUCCCCUUCCCUCCAAGCCUGGUCAAACUCCACCGACAUUGAAGAGCUUAACCUAGAAAGCCUCAAUCUCUCCAGCUCCGAUUCAUCAUGGGUCGACCCGUUAGAGUCGGCCAUAACAGCCACCCGCAACGGAUCGGCCUCCGUCCUCAGCACUCUCUCUCAAUUCACAACGGUUCUCUCCCAAACAGGCAUCCACGGCCCUCGCCUUCUCAAAGCUGCGAAUCUGUCCACCCGAGCAGCGAAGAUCGGUUCCGGUGCCCAAUUCACUGUUUUCAAGGACCCAAUUUUUGAAGGUGAAGUCAUCAAGCGCCUCAAUGUCCCACUCUCGAGUAGGGCAGAGCAACGCUUUGCAGCAAGCACAGAGUACCGACUCCAGCUCAAAACAUUAGAGCUCGAAGUGCUGUCACUAUGUAAUCCGGUCAUUCGCGGACAUCCGAACAUCACUCGUCUCCUGGCCUGGGGGUUUGAUUUCCCUUUUGCUGAUCUAGCGGUGCCUGUGUUAUUCAUGGAAGCGGCGCUCAUGCCGUUGGGAGUCUUCUUGAGCUCUGAAGAGAGAGAGGCGGGUGUGAAGUAUCAGCUUGUGUUGGGCAUAGCGAAUGGGCUUGAGGCGCUGCAUAAUCUCAAGAUUGUGCACGGAGACAUCAAACCAGACAACGUGCUCGUGUUUGCCGGCAGGAGUGACAGUGUACCAUUCCAGGCCAAGUUAAGUGACUUUGGCGUUUGUGUUGACUUGGAGGCACCGAAGGGGAAUUCUACGCUGAGCGAGUAUCGGGGGACACCGGCUUGGUUGGCGCCUGAGGUGAUUGAAGGAGACGUCUCCAGGUUUGGGGGAUUUUCGCCCGAGUUGAUGUUUCGAUUCGAUGCGUACAGCUUCGGCCUGGUAUUGUUGUCAACUUUUACCGGUGGUAGUGAGCCUCCAGCUCUGAGUAAGAAUCACGACAGAAUUCAGGAGCAGAUCUCUGGAUUGCUAAACAGCCGGAAAGAAAUACCUGUAGACGUUCGCAUGCAAUUACGCAAAGCCAUUCUUAGUCUUCUCGCCGAGGAUCCUACAAAACGACCACUUCCGAGUCCAAGGCUACUUAUAGCUGACACGCCAUUAUACGGGUCCUGGCUCGCCUCUGUUCAAUCGAGCUUGGCAAAAUCUCAGGCUGGAAUAAUCGAUCCAAUCUAUAACAAAGGCCCAUUGUUCUGGUACCGACUCGACGCAAGCAUCCGCGCAGAGCUUGAACAGCAGUACAUGCUCAGCCAAGAAGGGAAUGCUCCACCAUUCGGUGGUGAUGUGCUGUUUGGCAUAGCCCAAACAAUCACUGGUCAAAAACCAACAUAUCUUGCUCGUAUGCUGAGGUAUCUUACUGACGCAGCGAAAUCGGGACAUUCACCUGCGAGAGCUGUGUAUGCACAAAUUAUGGAGGCACAUGGUCAAGCUUCAGAAUUUGGUCAGGAUGUACUGCAAGAUUGGAUGCUGCAGGCCGUUUCCGAGGGAUAUCUGUUUGCGAAGCCAGAUCAGUCGACGACGGACGUGGAAGACGCUCAACGUAGGUUUCGAGAUAAUGGUGGAUUUUGCUCAGAUCCAUUCUUGAUCAAAGGUGAUGUCAAAACAGCAAUCAAAAGUGGGAAGAUAUUGGAGUGGGAGAAGAAGAACGGUGCUGUUGUCGAUCGACACGGGAACACGUUGCUGCAUGCUGCCGCUGCUUUCGGAGCAGUUGCUGCGGUACAAGAGUUGCUGAACGCUACUCAGAUUGGAGUUGAUACAGAAAAUGAGAAUGCUGAGACGCCAUUAUACAAAGCAUUCCAAGCAGGUCAUUCAGAUGUCAUUGGGCUUCUGCUUGAUCACGGUGCGAGUGCGUGUUGCGAAAAUCGGCAAAAGAUCGGGCCUUUGCAUUGGCUGUUCAUGAUACCUGAGGAUGCAAUCCAUCAGAUCACCGGGCGGAUGGUGGAAGGUGGAGCAGACAUCAAUCGAAACAUGGAGCCAGUGACCCAGGAAAACAGCGGUGGAUUCCCGGAAAAGAUCCAGAUCCUUCACUAUCCCUUUGAACUUCCGCACGGGACACCUCUUCACUGGGCAUGUUUUUUCCGCAACACGAGGGCAAUCGACACUCUCCUUUCUUUUGGGGGUAACGUUAACGCAGUAUACUAUGGGUCGGAUUCAUCAUCAACUCCUCUUGCUUUGGCAGCAUAUCAUGGAGAGACGGCACUUGCCAAGUAUCUGAUAUCGCACGGUGCGGACGUCACCCUGCUUGACUCGAUGGAGCGAAACACCCUACAUGCGAUCACUAAAUACUUUCCCGACAGACAUGGGUAUCUUCCACAUGCCUGGCACUAUUGGGUCCGCCAUGGACCUUGGGAGAAUCACUUGGCCCAAAUGACGGAUCUGGUCAGGGUUCUAAUCGAUGCUGGUGUGAAAAUCAACAUGAAAGACAAAGGGUAUCCUCGUCUCACACCCAUUGCAGCAGCGGCAGACCUAGGAGUGUGGGAUGGGGGAAUGAUCUGUUCAUUGCUGGCGGCCGAGGCCGACCUGAAGGAAUCGCUCUUAUCAGGGGGAGAUACAAUUCUGCAUUCAUGGGUCUCAAUAGUCGGACCCCGUCUGAAUCAUCCCGAAUCAUAUCUACCUACCCUGAGUAAGAUCGUCGAGGCUAUUCCAAAUCUCGAUAUUCCCAACCGGUUCGAGGAGGAGACUCCACUCCACCUGCUGACCACAACUUACCACCCGGAAGACGAAUUUGAAGCCGCAUGUGAUAUUCUCUUCAGUCAUGUUCCUCCAGCUGAUAUCAACGCAAGGACCCGUCAUGGGGCCACCCCGUUGUGCAUCGCUCUAGAGACCAACCUGGAUCCCGAACGACGAGGUCGAUUUCUACUCGAUAGAGGCGCUGACCCUCUCGUUCUCAACGAUCGAGGACGGGAUAUUUUCUACUCAAUUUCGAACAAUGCCGUCCUCGCCGAUCAAGAAAGCCACGACCUCAUUAAAUAUUUCCUUCUCCAUCUUGAUUCCAAUAUUGAAACCGCCUACAGAAAACACUAUCUCUGCAAUCCUCACAGCAGCAAUACCAUUUCAGCUGCCGCAGACCGCGGAAAGCCCCAAACUUUGAGUCUUCUCCUCUCUCUCGGUCUCGCCAGCUGCAUCAAUGAUCCUGACAGGACGAAGUCUCCGCCCUGGACACCCCUAGAUCAAGCUCUCCAUUCCGCCGAGCUCAGUAGACGAGCACAUAUGCGGAGACUUGCUUCUUACAAAGCUGGUGCUGCUAGGGCCAGAGCAAUCGAGCAAGGACUCGUCUAUGAUGAGCAUCAAGGCCCUCCAGCACGUGCCGCUGAGGCAUACCGUUCCUACCCGGAGGUGAUAACUAUCCUGCGCAAUGCCGGAGCGAAACGAACAUGCGAGUUGGGUGGAAGUCCUACAGGGGAGUAUAUUGAGCAACCGGGGGACUGGGAUAAGAGCGAAAUUCAGGAUUAUGGUUUUACACUGCAGACACAGCCAAAUCUAGAGUCCUGGAAGGGGUUGUAUGAUUCAGCCAAGUACAGUUCAGGUGGAUGGGGCUGGCCAAGUGUACUGACGGGUAGUAAGAACCGAAAAUAA